AUGGAUCUGUGGACUAAAUCAGUCGCUUGGAUUAUCUCUCAGGUCUUCGUGCUUCUCUCCAGCUCGUACGGGACAACAGGAGGAGAAGACGCGUGUGACAGCGCUCUGGUGUCCAAUCUGCCGCCAUCGUCCUUCAGGAGCUCCUCCCAGCUGUCCAGCAGCCACGCACCGGGCUUCGCCAAACUCAACAGGAGAGAAGGAGCUGGAGGCUGGUCUCCUCUCACCUCAGACAGGUAUCAGUGGCUGGAGGUCGACCUGGGUGAGCGAACCAGGAUCACCGCCGUCGCCACCCAGGGCCGAUACGGCAGCUCUGAUUGGCUGUCGUCGUACCUGCUGAUGUUCAGCGACACGGGACACAACUGGAAGCAGUACAGACAGGAGGACAGCAUUGGGUCUUUUCCAGGAAACAGUAAUGCCGACAGCGUGGUUCAGUACAAGCUGCAGCAGCCGGCGAUCGCUCGCUUCCUCCGCCUCAUCCCUCUGAGCUGGAACCCCAAUGGACGGAUCGGACUGCGGCUGGAGACCUACGGAUGUCCUUAUACCUCUGAUGUGGUGAGUUUCGACGGCAGCAGCGGCAGCCUCUUGUACGGGUGGAGUCCCGGGCCGAGGCGGACAUCCAAAGAGGUCGUCUCUCUGAAGUUUAAAACCCUGAGGAAUUCUGGGACAUUGCUGCAGGUGGCGGGAGAGGGAGGACUUGGACUGAGUCUGGAGUUAGAAAGAGGAAAACUACAGCUGCUGCUCAGACAAGGUGGGACUUCCUCUCCUGAACCCCGGCGUCUUGCCUCCCUCGGCAGCCUGUUAGACGAUCAGCACUGGCAUCAUGUGGCAGUGGAGUGGCAAAGUGCUCACCUCAACCUCACUGUGGACAAUCACAGUGAGAGGGUUCAAAUCCCAGCGGAGUUCAGCCACUGGGACAUCGAACAGCUGAGCGUAGGAGCGGCCCUCAGCCUCGACUCUCAGAAACCACUCGUGUCCAAGAGGAACUUCCACGGCUGCCUGGAGAACCUGCUCUACAACAGCCUCAACUUGAUAGAACGAGCCAAACACGACGACCAGCAGAUGACUGUCAUGGGCAAUGUGACCUUUUCUUGUGCUGAGCCAGUUUCCGUCUCCGUGACGUUUCCCGGCCCCCAGAGCUUCCUCCAGUUGCCGGGGGCAAUGGCAUCCGCUUUAGGAGGCGUGUCCGUGGGGUUCCAGUUCAGGACGUGGAACAAGGCGGGGCUUCUGCUCACCUUUGAACUCCCUCACGAAGGAGGAGUGGUCUGGCUGCACCUGAGUGACGCCAGACUGCGGCUGCAGGUCCAGAAGGCUGGCAGGGCGCUGCUGGAGCUCAGUGCAGGUUCGGCUCUGAACGAUGGUCAGUGGCAUUCAGUGGAUUUAACCUCAGGACGAGGACGUCUGACCGUCACUGUGGAUGACGGAGAAGGAGGUGUUGCUCACGCCAGCCCCUCAUUUCCUGUCAGCGUAAGACAUCAACUCUUCUUUGGUGGUUGUCCCGCUGACGACGACAAUCAGGAGUGUAGAAACCCCUUCGACAUCUUCCAGGGCUGCAUGCGCCUCCUCUCUGUGGACAACCUGCCAGUGGACCUGAUCCUGGUGCAGCAAAGACUGCUGGGAAACUACAGCCACUUGCAGAUCGACAUGUGCGGCAUCAUCGACAGGUGUUCUCCCAGUCGUUGUGAACAUGGCGGCCACUGCAGUCAGUCCUGGACCAUCUUCCACUGUAACUGCUCGGACAGCGGCUACAGCGGCGCGACCUGCCACAGCUCUGUGUACGAGCAGUCGUGCGAGGCGUACAAACACAACGGCAACACGUCGGGUCAUUUCUACAUCGACGUGGACGGCAGCGGAUCAAUCAAACCACAGCUGGUCUACUGCAACAUGACAGAGGAAGACACAUGGAUGGUGAUCCAACACAACAACACAGAGCUGACCAGAGUCCGACCCUCUCCAGACGAGAACCAGCAUUUAGUCCACUUCGACUACUCGUCGCACGAGGAGCAACUGUCGGCCGUCAUCAGCCAAUCACAGCACUGCGAACAGGAGCUGUCCUACCGCUGCAGGAAGUCCCGCCUCCUGAACACCCCAGAGGGCUCUCCGUUCAGCUGGUGGCUCGGCGGUCCCGGCUCCGGCCUUCUCCAGGCAUACUGGGGCGGAGCUCAACCAGGCAGCCAGCAGUGCGCCUGCGGCCUGCAGGGCGACUGUGUGGACCCCCAACACUACUGCAACUGUGACGCCGACCGCCUGGAGUGGGCUGAAGACUCGGGCCUGAUCACCCAUAAGGAGAGUCUCCCAGUCAGGUCUCUGGCGCUGGGUGACAUCCAGAGGGCGGGGUCAGAAGCGGCGUACAGGGUGGGACCGCUCCGUUGUCAAGGAGACAAGAAUUUCUGGAACGCUGCGUUUUUCGACAAGGAGACGUCGUACCUCCACUUUCCCACCUUCCACGGAGAGCUGAGCGCCGACAUCUCCUUCCUGUUUAAAACCACGGCCUCCUCGGGUGUGUUCCUGGAAAACCUGGGCAUCAAAGACUUCAUCCGCAUCGAGCUGAGGUCCUCCACCGAGGUGGUUUUCUCCUUCGACGUCGGUAACGGGCCGCUGGACGUUCUCGUGGAGUCGAACGUCUCUCUGAACGACAACAGGUGGCAUCGGGUCCGAGCCGAGCGGAACGUCAAGGAGGCGACGCUUCGAUUGGACGAGCUUCCCGCCGCCGCGCAGGAGGCUCCGGCUGACGGACACUUCCACCUGCAGCUCAACAGCCAGCUGUUCAUAGGAGGCACAGCGUCCAGACAGAAGGGCUUCCGGGGCUGUAUUCGCUCUCUGCAGCUGAACGGCGUCACCCUGGACCUGGAGGAGAGGGCGAAGAUCACACCCGGGGUUCGACCCGGCUGCCCGGGUCACUGCAGCAGCUACGGCUCGCUCUGCCAGAACCAGGGCCGCUGCGUGGAGAGAGCCAACGGCUUCCACUGUGACUGUGGCCUGUCAGCGUACACCGGGGUCUUCUGCCACACAGAGGUGUCGGCCACCUUCGAGUCCACGACGUCCGUCAGCUACACCUUCAAGGAGCCGUACGAGUUGAUGAGGAACAGCAGCGCCCUGCCGUCCUCCAUCUACUCCGACAUGACGCUGAGAGGAGAGAACGUCUCGCUGAGCUUCAGGACCAAUCAGAGUCCGACUCUGCUGCUCUACGUCUCCUCGUAUUACAGAGAGUACCUGGCCCUGCUCAUCAACAAGCACGAUGAGCUGGAGGUCAGGUUCAAGCUGGACAGCAGCAGAGAAGCAGACAUUUUGAGGAGCAGAGUGAAGAGUCUGGCCAACGGACAAUUACACACUGUUACUGUCAAGAGACUGAGCGACUCUGUGUCUGUGCAGAUUAACCAGAACCCCAGAGAGGACUUCAACCUGACGUCCGACGGAGAAUUCAAUGCCAUCAAGUCUCUGGUGUUAGGCAGAGUACAAGACUCUGACGAGUUGGAUCCAGAGCUGUCCAGGCUGGCGUCUCUGGGUUUCAGCGGCUGUCUCUCAGUGCUCAGCUUUAACUCCAUCAGUCCUCUGAAAGCCGCCGUGCUCCACCCGGACACCAGCCCCGUCAUCAUCAGCGGACCUUUACUCCGCUCCAGCUGCGGUUCCUCGGCUUCGGCCAAUCCCUACGCAGCGGAGAACAAACACCACCUGUCAGACCAGUCUGGUUCAGUGGGUUCAGGUGAACCUCUGGUCAAUGCCAUCAGGACCGACUCGGCUCUGAUCGGAGGUGUGAUAGCGGUGGUGAUCUUUGUGAUCGUGGCCGCCCUGGCGAUAACGGGCAGAUUCCUCUACCGGAGGAAAGAGACGUAUCGAAACCAGGAAGUGAAGGGGGUCAAACGGGAGGACAGCCCAGAUUUUCCUUUCAACAACCAGACUGACUCCCAGAACGUCUGCAGUGAAAACCGAAAGGAGUAUUUCAUUUAGCCGGAGCCGACGUGAUGAACCGGUGGUUUUUCGGAGCUGAGGUGCAGACGCCUCAGAACCUCUCGCUGCACUCAGAGCCACUGGAGACUUCACUGGCAGAGGCUCCGCAGAAAUACGUAAAGCAAAAGAAGAACAAUGUCUUUUACUGUAUAUUGUGUAUAUACUGAUCCAAACAGGCAACACUGCCGGACUUCUGAGGUGUUGAUAUCCUUCAUUCAGAGGCUGUAAAUAUAAAAAAAGAAAUGUAAAUGUCGGUUUCAUGUCUACAACAAUCUUUAGCUGACAUCAAUUUCAUCUUGGAACAUUUUAAAGGAGACACAUGCUCAUAUUCUGGUUUAUAAUUUAAUUCAAACAGUCUCCUCGUGAUUUAGGAGCUUUUCUGUUUCCAACAACGAACCCUGUACGACACAGCGGAGGAAAGAAAUCACAACAAAAGAAAAACAUCACGUCUCCUUUAAAUUCUCCUGAGAGGAACUGAUUUUGUUUCGUGGAUUAAUUUUAGAAUAUUCAAACACAACUUCUUUUCUCCAGUGAAUCGGGGUGCAUUGAGUUUGGACAGGAGUCAUUUGGCUGAUGCACUUUUCCACGAGGACGAUGAACGGAUGUUUGUUUAAUUGGAAGUGGAAACGUUCAUUAGAAAGAACUCUAGAGUCGGAGCUGCUGUUUGGACGUUUGCUCGUCCGUGGCGCCUUUUUUUUUUUUUCUUUGUUGCCGCGUGCAAUUACUCUUUAGAGGCUUCCGAAUAUUUUUGCGUGUGCUUGUUCACUUUUAUUUUUUGCAAUUUACAUUUGCAUGUAUUGUCAGAGUCCCUGCAGCCGUCGUACGUCCACGUCAUAUCAAGAUCUUCUCGAUCCACAUGAAUUGAACAUUUCUCAUAUGUGAUUUUCUUCCAGCAACAUUUUUGCUACCAGUGAAUUCUGGUGUUAACAAGUGGCAUCUUCAAAGUCUACACAGUCUUACUCACUCCAGUCGUGCACAUCGCCACGAGCACAUUGUGCGUUUGUACCGUUUGACGAGUGGCACGCUGCAGUCUGGCAGCUGCUGGUUGAGAGACUUGGAGACUUUUAUACAGCUGGGAUUGAUUUCUCCACUUCAUUUCCAUUUCUACCCCUUUUUUCCUUCCUCUCGCUGCCGUCCUUUCUUUUCUCUGGUGACUUCCCUCCAUCGGAACAUGAAAGCGCAAGAAAAGCAGGGAACAAAAAUACAUCCAUGAGCAUUUAACGUUUUCAGUUUCCUGUUGUGUGGAGGCUUUCUAAAAACAGGUUGUUCACUCGAAUGGGACUCUUCUCUCCUCCGGGCCGCCCGCUGGAAGCUUCCUCUCCCAGCUCUCUGAGCAGCAAAGCUUUUAACACUGACGGCAGCACAGGCUCUGUGACACCGGGCCUGUCUGUCACCUCGCUCGCUGCACGCACAGACGGUUAAUGUGUUUUUUCAAAUGCUAAUCUGCUUCGCUCUGACAGGUGGAUUGUGAAAAGCAGCGAGUUGAUCAGAAUGAGGCGGUGAGAUAAUCCAGGAGGCGUCAGGCAGACAUGUAAUGAAAACACAUUCUGAUAUUAGCACUGGAAACGACGCCGCGUGUGUUAAUUCAGCUCAUGUGUAAAGAGGAGCUGCCGAUGGAGGGAAGCUGAGAAGCAGAAAGAGGAUCGACAGCAGCUGUUAAACAAAUAUACACCACCGUCUCUCUCCGCCAGGCCCCAGAGCACUGAUGGGAUUUUAAUGAGAUAAGUUGCUAAAACUUUAAAGUGCAUUAUUCAUCCCUUUGUUUGUGGGUUUUUUUCUUUUUUUUUUAAUUCAUCUCACAACAGCUGAGGCCACGUUGUCGACACAUCCAGAGACUCGACUCUCUGAAGUGACUGUCGUCCAUCGUCCUGCAGCGGUGCAGCACUCGAUGGCAGAGAGGAACUCGACCGUUAACCUUGACGGUCAGAUAACUCUCAGACUGAGCUCAGCUGGAGGACGCUGCUGAGAAAACAGUCAAAUAAAAAAACUCCUGAGAAUGUGGCCGCACCCGCACCCGCACUGCCGCGUCUUUGUUUGAAAAUAAAAGAUUUAGUAGUUCCGUUUGAACACCGCAGGACUGCGUUUGAGUCUGGACGGAAAGACGCUGAGAUGUUUGGAGACGAUGACGUAGACGCUCACGACCACAGUUUAAAAAAGUCCCCAACAAAUGAUAAUCUGUUUCUAAAUGUGCUUUCGACUGAGGCUCCAGAAGAGUCAGGGAUGUCAGAUAUUUAACACAUCGUUCUAUUCGUUUUUUUUUAUUGGAUUCACUGACAGUAAGAAAACCUAGAAUAAAUCCAGUCUUAUUCUCACAGGAGUGAAUAUGACGAAGCUCUGGUUCAGAGUUGAAGUGUGUAACUGUUGUGUUGGUGCAGUGACGUCGUGAGUGACCUGCCAUAUAGAAAUAUAUACAGAUUUGAU